UUGCCACUCAAACCCGAAUAGCUGGGACGCAGGAAAGAUGCCCGCAUCACAGGUUGGAUUUGGCAACUUCUUCUUGGAGAGGAACAUCAGCAUGCCGACUGGAUAUCAGAUUCCGGUGCUGGGAUGCCCGCCGGGAGUCCCGCAGCAGCAGGCUCAGCAUCUGGCAGCGAUGGCUACUGGGGUUCCCAUAACAUACUCAGGACUACAAGGAUACAACUUUAUCCCCUACCCACACCACAGGCCGAUCACACACAUGAACAACGGUUUCGACUUGAAGGCCGCUUCCCCCUACCAUCACGCGCUGCUGGCUCGCGGGGGGGCUUUCUACCCGCCGUACCGCCCGGGAGCAGUCGAGGAUCCCGGCAGGGUCGCCAAGGUGGCCACCAGAGAGAGCACCGGGGCGCUGAAGGCCUGGCUGAACGAGCACCUGAAGAACCCAUAUCCGACCAAGGGCGAGAAAAUCAUGCUCGCCAUCAUCACGAAAAUGAGCCUCACGCAGGUCUCCACCUGGUUCGCCAACGCCAGGAGACGCCUGAAGAAGGAGAACAGGGUCAGCUGGGCGUCCAAGGGGAAAUCCGAUGAGGAGGAUGAGGAGCAGGAGGGAGAGAGCGACGACGACGACGACAGUCCUCUGCAGAAAUGCCACUUGGAUGAGCGGGAUGAGGUAGAGCCUCAAAGCGAGCGCGCAGAGAGGGAUGAGCAGGUGGAGAGCGCGUUGGACAGCUCGGCUCCUGCGCAGGCGCGUCUGGAGAUGCAGCCAAGCAGCGAGCACGACGACAGAGAACUUGCACUUGUGAAGAAAGUCGAAAAGACUGACUCUGAUCAUGCGCCGUCCGCUUUGGAAAGUAAAGAAAACAUUGCCAGCCAGAAACCCAAAAUCUGGUCUUUGGCAGAGACCGCCACCUCACAGACCGUCAAGAAACCUUUGGACAGCAUUUACCACCCGAGCGGAAAAGUGUGGGCCGAGUGGGCCUCGAGAAACGGACUGUUCGUCCCGUCAUGCUACACCACUCAUGAAAUUGUCUAAGCGGGUAUUUAGACACAAAUCGGAGACACUGUCCUCAUCUUUUGCACUUUAAAACUUUCAAACCUCAGGAAUUUGAUCGCUCCUGAAGUUUGCAGUGAAAUGAAAAUCUGUUUUUGAGACCAAAGACUUAACACGUUAUUGUAAAUAAAUGUAGAUGUAUUUUUCCAUCGCCAACCUGUAAAUUAUGUUUCCUUUGUCUAAUCAUGAAGAAAUAUUUUUGAUUAAAUAAAGUUCAGCUCCUAGUGAAA